GGGUGCCCCGAGGGGGUAAGGUUUUGUCAGAAACUAUGGGAGAUUUACUGAGGGGGAGUGGGGAUCCUGGGGGCCAGAAAUACAACUGAGGUGAUACAGAGGGAAUUUCUCCACAUGAAAGUCAUCUGAGACCUUGGAGGAGCAGUUUGAGCAGAGGGUGGGGACCGGUCCAGCUGAAAGCUCCAUCCAGGCUAUGGGCAUCAAGACAGCGUUGCCCGCGGCAGAGCUGGGCCUGUACUCCCUGGUGCUGAGUGGGGCCCUAGCGUAUGCUGGCCGGGGGCUCCUUGAGGCUUCACAAGAUGGGGCCCACAGGAAGGCCUUCCGGGAGUCUGUGCGACCCGGCUGGGAGUACAUUGGUCGGAAGAUGGAUGUGGCUGACUUCGAAUGGGUUAUGUGGUUCACCUCCUUCCGCAAUGUCAUCAUCUUCGCCCUCUCCGGACACGUGCUAUUUGCUAAACUCUGCACAAUGGUUGCCCCCCAGCUCCGCUCCUGGAUGUACGCUGUGUAUGGGGCCCUGGCCGUGGUGGGCACCAUGGGCCCUUGGUACCUGCUGCUGCUCCUUGGCCACUGCGUGGGCCUCUAUGUUGUCUCACUCUUUGGCCAGCCCUGGCUCUGUCUUGGCGUCGGUCUGGCCAGCCUUGCCUCUUUCAAGGUGGACCCCCUCAUUUCCUGGCAGAGCGGGUUUGUAACAGCGACUUUUGAUCUUCAAGAGGUGCUGUUUCACGGGGGCUGCGGUUUCACGGUGCUGCGUUGCACCAGUUUUGCGCUGGAGAGCUGCGCCCACCCUGACCGCCGCUACUCCCUAGCCGACCUGCUCAAGUACAAUUUCUACCUGCCCUUCUUCUUCUUCGGACCCAUCAUGACCUUUGAUCGCUUCCAUGCUCAGGUGAGCCAGGUGGAGCCGGUGCGGCCAGAGGGCGAGCUGUGGCGCAUCCGGGCCCAAGCAGGACUCAGCGUGGUAGCCAUCUUGGCCGUGGACGUCUUCUUCCACUUCUUCUACAUCCUCACCAUCCCCAGUGACCUCAAGUUCGUCAACCGUCUCCCGGACAGCGCCCUCGCUGGCCUAGCCUACUCAAACCUGGUGUACGACUGGGUGAAGGCAGCUGUCCUCUUCGGAGUCGUCAACACCGUUGCGCGCCUCGACCAUCUGGACCCGCCCCAGCCUCCCAAGUGCAUCACAACGCUCUAUGUCUUCGCAGAGACACACUUUGACCGUGGCAUCAAUGACUGGCUUUGCAAGUACGUGUAUAACUACAUUGGUGGGGAGCACUCUGCGGUGAUCCCAGAGCUGGGGGCCACCAUAGCCACAUUUGCCAUCACCACUCUGUGGCUUGGGCCUUGUGAUGUUGUCUACCUGUGGUCAUGCCUUAACUGCUUUGGCCUCAAUUUUGAGCUCUGGGUACAGAAGCUGGCAGAGUUGGAGCCCCUAGCUCAAAUUGAGACCUCUCUGUCAGAGCAGAUGUCCCGCAGGGUCCGAGCCGUCUUUGGGGCCAUGAACUUCUGGGCCAUCAUCAUGUACAACCUUGUAAGCCUGAACAGCCCUGAGUUCACAGAUCUGGUUGCCCAGCGCCUGCUGCUCUCAGGGUUCCCCCAGACCACGCUGGCCAUCCUGUUUGUCACCUACUGUGGUGUCCAACUGGUGAAGGAGCGAGAGCGAACCCUGGCUCUGGAGGAGGAACAGAAGCAGGACAAAGAGAAGCUGGAGUAGGGGCGGAGGGGAAGAGGCGUGGGUUCUGCUCAGCUCUUCCUGGGCCCUGGCCCAGGCCAGGCCAGAUGGGGCCUGACUGAUUGAAUAAAAGACUUUUCUACCGUG